CGUCUGCAAAAGAGUGAACUCAACUGCGCAUGCGUCGCUCAGCCUUCACUCACACAGCGGGCGAGGACCAGUGAGAAGAUGAGGACUCUGUGCUUAUUUGCGCUGGUUGCAGUGCUUGGUCUGGUGGCAGGAGAGGAAGGGGCCCGACUGCUAGCUUCCAAAUCCCUGCUGAACCGUUAUGCUGUAGAGGGCAGAGAUCUCACCCUGCAGUACAACAUCUACAACGUGGGCACCAGUGCUGCACUGGAAGUGGAACUCUCUGAUGACUCCUUCCCUCCAGAGGAUUUUGGCAUUGUCUCUGGAAUGCUGAAUGUAAAAUGGGACCGCAUUGCCCCUGCCAGUAAUGUCUCUCAUACUGUGGUGCUACGUCCUCUGAAGGCCGGCUACUUCAACUUCACUUCAGCCACUGUCAGCUACUUGGCCCAAGAGGGAGGGCAGGUUGUGGUUGGCUACACCAGCGCUCCUGGUCAGGGAGGUAUUCUGGCUCAGAGGGAGUUUGACAGACGCUUCUCACCCCAUUAUCUGGACUGGGCUGCAUUUGGUGUGAUGACCCUGCCGUCCAUCGGUAUCCCUCUGCUUCUCUGGUACUCCAGCAAGAGGAAAUAUGAUUCACCCAAGAGCAAGAAGAACUAAUAGUGAAAUGGGGUAAUUACAUGUGGGUUUGAGCUAUAAAAAAGGUUAUGGGCUGAGGAACUUGAAAUGGUGAUUUUUGGAAGAGAGAUUUUCAAUAAUAUUACCCAUAUUGGGGGUAAAGCAAUCAGUCAUGCAAGUUUUGGGCAUGUCUGGUUUUUUUGUUUUGUUUUUUGUUUUUGAGUGUGGAAAUGGUGGACUGGUGUAUUGUGUGACAGGAGUAUUGACAGUAGCAUUUGCAACCUUCAGGACUGACCACAGCGGCCAUUUGAGACUGCCGUCAACAGUUUGCCUAUGUUCCUUUUUUUUUUUGCUGUUGUAAUUAAUUGUUCAAAGGCAGAUUGUAUCUGGAGAACAUUGCUUCCUCUUCAUUUGCUGGUUUGAGAUUACCAGUGAAAAUAAACAAGUGGGUUUUACACAAA